AUGUCACGAGUGAUCAGCAAAACAUCGUACCUCGGCGACUUCUGCAGUCGCAAGACGGACAAGAUAUUCUGGGGCAGCGGUGAAGAUCAGCAUGAAGAUCUCACCCGCUUGGGCGAUUCUCGAAUCCCCGCAACCCCGCAAACCCAACCCCAGGUUCCCCGCGCGACGGACCACUUCCAAUUUAAAGGGGUCCCAGUUUUGGCAGGUGCUUUGAGCGAGGCAUCGGAGAGUUCAACGGUCGGAGACGCGAGUGCCCUGGAACAAGCAAGUCUCCAAAGUCUGUCGGUGUCUUGCACACCCACACCAUCUGGUACUUACUGCAAGGUCGUUCUUGAAUCGGAAAGUCAGACAUCUGUCCGUGACUUCAUUGCCAUGUACAAUCGCCUCAAGAAAAAAACGCCUGGUUUUCCUGAGAGCUGUACCAAGAAAGGUCUUGUAUGCCGAAUCGCGCACAAUGUCGAAGAAGUCUGCGGUAUCGUUGGCCGCAACGGUUUCUACAAGAACUCAGCGUUCGGCCCCAAGUCUGGACUGAAGAUCUCGAUACCGAGGAGGACAAGCGCGAGAUGGUGGAGGAGAAGAUCAUUGCUCUUGUCCAGAUAG